UCGAUCAUCUCCAACUUGAGAGCGCACUCAAACUAAAAAAAAAUGGCGUUAGAGUUCAGGUCGUACAAGGACGACGCGUGGUACGACGCUCGCGUCGUGACGGAGGGCCGCCGUGGUACUCGCCUGAGAAUCAAGUUCUUCAACUUCGGCGACGACCAGGACGAGUUCGUCCACGCCAAGAACUUGAAGAAGCUCCAAGACGUCGACGUUCUGAGGUCUCGGUUCAGGAAAAUCUCUGUCCAGUUUCAGGACACGGAUUGUUCACGGGUCGAACCGGGCUUGCUCGUCUGCGCCGCCCGACCCGUCGGCGACGGUGACCUGAAGUUCUACGACGCCGUUUUCAGAGGGGUGGUGAAGAAGGAGCAUCAGAUUGUAAAGGGAGUGGAAGUGUGCAAAUGUACCUUCAUCCUCGACUGGAUUGACAAUGGAGAAUCUGGUUCAUGCACUGUUGAGAAUAUUUGCAGAGUGCAGGAUACUAGUGACGAAGAAUUGGAUCCGGUUCUGAUUUCUUUUCUCAACAAGGCCAGGGAGAGAAUCGAAAGUACUUUUUGUACUCGGUUGAGGAUUACUAGUGGAGAUGUUUAUGAUCUCAGAGCACCACACAAGGAUGCAAGCCGUUCCACCGCAGCCAUGGCUCUAGGCGGCUCUGUUGAAGGAAUGGGUGCAGAUUCUGAUUCAUUAAGGAUCUCUUAUGAAGCUGCUGAUCCCAAAAAGCGCUACAAGGUUACAAGUCCGCCCAAGGAAUCUUUGCCUUUGAGCUGCUACGUUGAAGGAAUAAGUGAUAAUGCUUCUGAUAUGGAUGGACGAGAUGACAUGGAUGUAGGAGGGGCUCCCUAUAUGGUAAUAGUUGAGAACCUGGAGAAGGAAAUAUCACCGGUUACAAUUAUGGAAUUUAUACACCAGCAAGUUUCAAUCACAUGUCAAGUCUUUGUUUCGCCAAGUAAGUCAUCGGAGUUGUAUACACGUGCAAUUAUCCUAUUAGACAACAAAAAGAAUCUUGAGAAGUUAUCCGACUUUUUGGAGAGUCCAGAUCACAUCAUCAUUUCCUCCAUAGGAAGGCCUUGGCUCAUGACAGAGAAAAGAUCAUUACCUGAGACACUAAGGGCAUCAAUCCAAACCUUAUCUCAGAUGGAAUUGAAGACAAGAACUCUAAGUAACAAUGAGUUGAAUGUUGUCUUUUCUGGAAGUCACGAAUACAUGGAAGCUAAAGAGCAACAAAAAUUGUUUAAAGAGUUCACUGAACACCAGUGUGGACUUCAGCGGAGGUUACAACUUGAAGAGGAAAAGAUCUCAAAGAAGUACAGGUGAAUGUCGGAAAGCUUUUGUAACUUGUGCAGUAAUUUUGCUAUGUUAUACACAUGGACUGCGUGAAAAAAACAUGAGCUGAUCGUUUGUUAGAGAUGGUUUAUAGAUCAUCAAAUUUUCGAAAAACGUAACAAACACAUGCAGCUAUUUUUUUUAUCCUAUACCUGUGUAUAAACACAUGCAGCUAUUUUUUUAUUAUCCUAUACCUGUGUAUAGCGUCAAGGCACACUCUGUACAUUUACAUUUGCCUGUGAAAGAAUGUGACUUAUAUAGAAGCUAUAUGUAUUUCCAGAUUGUAAUGUGUUCCUGUUGCAUCAGUUGGUGCAUGUGUUUGAAUAUCAGAAAGAAGAUAUA